AUGGCCGCUUCCAGAGUGAAGACCACCAGUGAUGACGCGUCUAUCCAGAGACUUCUGCACGGUCAACCUGGAAGACAAGCGGCUGUGACUGUCCCGACGGGCAAAUUGCCUCAGAGUGACUCGCCGCCUUCGCCCACAGAGAUGCCACAGCUGCCGGAGGAGCAGGCUGCAAGGACAACGGGCUGUUUGCCUGGCAUGAAGACUGUGGUGCGAGUGCAUGAGCGACUCCCUGCCUUCUUGAAGUUGUCCGUCAAGAGUCUGUGUGACUUGGGGCCCUUCGAGAUCGAUGCCGCGAAUCGUGGUCGGUGCAACUUCAAAGAGAUUUGGUCUCCUGAGAACUGCAAAAUCAGUGUGAGCCAGCAAAAUAUGUACGAAGCAGGAGGCACCAUCUUUUGGGCGGAUGUGGCAGGGUCAAUGGACCGGGGGGAAGAGCUGGCCUUGGAGGAAGUGUCAUGGAAAGAAAUCUUUGACGUGGAGGAGAAGAUGAUGCCCUCCAUCGACAAGCCGCUCUACUUCAAGAACCCCUUCCCUGUCUAUGAUGUGAGUGCGAAUCUGGCUCACAAAGACACCUGGCCCGCUGGCUUGCGCCUCAUGCGGGGCCACCUGCCCCUCCUGGCGUGGUACAUGGCCAUGGCAAGGGCCCUUGUCCAGAACGAUGAGAAGAGAGUGAACCAGCUCUUCAACAUGGGGAUGACUUUGACACUCAGAGCCUACACUCUGAAAGGGCAAGAACUGCUGCUCAAGUCGCUCAUUGAGAGUGAAAGUGUCAAAAUCCCCGAGCUGGCGGAUUCAUUUCAAGACUUCUCGUACAAGGUCAUGAGAAUCCAGACCAAGUACCUCUCUGAGGGUGACGAGAUCAAACAGAGCCAGCUCCUGAACUUGCUCCAGGAUGAUGGCGUGAGGUUCAAUGGUGCCAGUGUGAACAAGACAAUGCUGCAGGGCGCCCUUGCAGUGGCGACGACCCUCGACCCCGUCGACGGCGUGAAGAUCUUGACCAGGAUCCAUCGUGAGCAUGGCCGAGAUAUCCUGUCCAAUGGCUACGCCAAGCUUGCAAGGGUGACCCAGAUCGCGUCCAAGCAGGCCACCUUGUACUCUCAGCGCAGUGUGACAGAUGACAGCGUGCAAGACUUGGGCCGCUCCCUGCUUCAGUACACGCUGGAGUCGCUUUACAUUGCUCUCAAGCGUGAGCAGUGUGAGCCGUCGACUGCAAGCUUUCCGAAGGCUGCUGGCGCGUGGGAGGCCGAUGAGAGCCAGAUCGGCUUGGCCGCCAAGUGGCCGCUAAUUACAUGUUUGGUGCACAAGUAUGGCGUGUCACCGAAGCUGGAAGCCGCAAAGGACGAGCACCUGCUGUCGGACGUGAAGGCGGAGGAGCACGCUCCGGACUUUGCACCUCCAGUGGAUGUGCCGGGUGUGCAGGAGCUCCUACCGCCUAAGGCCGAGGAGGGGGCCGCUCCGUCGCCUGAGGCUUGCGAGUGCAAGCCCGGCCUACUCGAAGCCGAGGUGAAGGUCGAAGCAGCCAUGGCAAGCAAGGAGGAGCCAAAGGAGGAGGAGCCGCCAGCCCCAGCUCCUCCACAGGCCCUUGCUCCUGCAGCCGUGAAGGUGCGGCAGGAGGAGUCCGAGCCGCUGCACGAGGAGGAGGCUCCUGGGGUUGCGCGAAUAUGCGCGGUCAAAGAGGAGCCAGAGCAUCAGCAUGCGGAUGAGGCAGGCGAGACUCUGGAGGAAGCCGUGAUGAACCCUGAAGAGCAGGACCUUCGCGAGGAGCUCCGAGCCACUUUUGCCCGCAGUGAGGAGGCGGCAGCCAGGUGGCGCGCUUGGGAGGGCCAUGGAUCCGACUCCUCCGAGGCGGACGAGGUGGUGCUGACCCGAUCCUCGCAAUGCUUUCGUAGGUUUUCCACUGCAGCCGCACCAUCGAAGAAGUUCCUUCGUGACGACGCCAGCAUUGCGCCUUGGCCAAGCGUCAAGCUCAUCCGUCGCGCGGGGCGGAUUGUAUGGAGGCCGGAGUGGUGCCUUCCCCACCGUCAUGGCCCAGGUAGGUGGGAGGAUGGCGCCUCGGCCGGGGGAAUCAUCUCCUGGGCCGUGGAGCCGAUGGCCCUGGGCCUCGGUGAGGGCUUCGAGGUGUGCUUCCGUGACGAGCCGGGGCCCUGCGGCACCGGAGACGAGGACCUUCCCGACCGCCUCGACUCCGACUUCGUCAUCGACUUCCAUCGCGGCGCCAAUGCCUGGCAUUUCACGGCCGGCACGAGGAGCAGGUCCGGGGCGCCCAAGACCGUCUCGGACUCCGUCUUCACCAAGAGGGUCCUCGACCCAGACUUGGACCGUGGGCAGCCUACGGGUAGGCCUACGUAG